AUGUUUGACCUCGGCUCCGGCAAGUCCACGCUCAUCGACGCACUCGCGGGGCGCAUCUCCAAAGACAGCCAGAAAGGGUCCCUCACGCUGAACGGCGACGCUCUCGAGUCCAGCCUCCUCAAAGUCAUCUCCAUGCUCACCGUCGAAGAAACCCUCACCUUCGCCGCUGAGUUCCACCUCUCCCGCUCCCUCUCCAUGCCACCGCGACGUCUCCGGCGGCGAACGGCGCCGCGUCUCCAUCGGCAUCGUGACUCGCACAGGACCAAGAAGAAGAAGAAAUCUCCAACCAAACACACCCCUACCCCCACCCCCACCCCCACCAAAUGGAAAUCCCACGCGCAGCAGCACCUCUACUCCACCAAGCUCCACCAGGCCCUCCGCAGAGUCAACAUCUCAGGCGACGCGCCCCGCCGAGGAAAGGUCGUCCGUGAGGCCGCCGACAGGGUGCUCGCCGUCGCCGCCCGGGGGAGGACUCGCUGGAGCCGCGCCAUCUUGACCCACCGCCUCAAGCUCAAGUUCAGGAAACAGAGCCACAAGAGGCACAAAGUGGUUGGGCCAGCCCACCCCAAGAAGCCCCGCUUCGGCAUCCUCCGCCUCAAGGCCAAAACCCUCCCCGCCGUCCAACGAAAAGUCAGGUUCUUGAGUCGCUUGGUCCCCGGUUGCCGGAAAGAACCGCUUCCCGUGAUUCUCGAAGAAGCAAUCGAUUACAUACUCGCGCUCGAGAUGCAGGUUCGAGUCAUGGCAGCUCUUGCUAACUUACUCUUAGGCUCUUCCUCCCCGCCGCCGCCACUACCGCUGCAUCCAGAGAAUCGCUCAGAGCGGAAGCAUCUUAAGCCUCUUGGACCGCUUGCUCUUCCUCUCCCAUGGCAACACUGUCUUCAGCGGUUCUCUGGCAAUGAAAGGGUUUUGGGUGUGGUUGGAGGUUGACGGCGUUGAAAGGGAAGUGUGUCUUUUAGUGUUUAGAAUGGCAGAUUUUAAUAAUUAAAAGUAGAAAUUAAAAUAAUAUUUUAAUUAGAGGAGGUUA